AGUUCUCAAAAACCCAUGUGCAUUUGUUGACGGUACUACAUGUUUUUCAUAUCGACUUGUUUUUCAAUAAUUUAAUUAAUUGACCCCCAAAAUGGAGGAUUUUGAUAAUACUGCGAUGGAGGAAGAGUGUCAUACGGUCACUGGUGGUUCCACGGGCGGAAGAAAACCUCACUCAGUUAAAGUCCCUCGACUUUAUAAGGAAGCUGCCAAGGCUCUGAAGCAAAUUGAAGAGGGCCAAGGUCUUAAAAAUGCCGUCCACAGUCUAAAACAUCCCAAUAUGAAAGCGUUGACAGCGCUCGUAUCAGAGGCAUUACGACAUUCAGAACUACUUUCGAUCGUGGUCACAAAAUCAAAAAUUUUGGAACACGAGAAGGGUCUCUCGUACCAGGUGCCUCUGACCAAGAUUCUGAUUACUGAGCUGUUGUGGGGGAAGAAACGGCUGGGCGGAGAAUCCAAGCCAGUAACCACAGUGUUGUCAUAUAGGGAAAAAUUCGACAAAGUUAUCAACAAGAUUGAGAGAAAAAAUAGAAACAAGGCGAAGGAUUCCGCAGAUGCUGACGAUGUUCCUGUUACCAUUGAUUCAGUUGGAGUUAAAAAACCUCGAUAUGUUCGCGUCAAUACGCUUAAAACUGACUUAUCUACAACACUUGGCUAUUUGACGGAAGAAGGAUGGAUCCAACAAGAAACAGAAGAUUACUAUAACCUGACUGGCGACUACUUUGCUGUUGAUAAUUUUGUUGAUAACAUGUUAGUCUUUCCAAGUGGAACAGAAUUUUAUAAGCAUCCAUUGUACUUGGAUGGGUCACUCAUACUGCAAGAUAAGGCUAGUUGUUUACCCCCGCUGUGUCUGAAACCAAGAAUUGGUCGAGUUGUUCUUGACGCUUGUGCAGCCCCCGGGAUGAAAACAUCUCUAUUGGCUGCUCUAACAAAAAAUGAAGGUUCCAUCAUUGCUGUUGAACGGGAUACGAAACGUUGUGACACUUUGAGAACAAUGCUGGAAGGACUUGGAGCGACAAAUGUGACCAUUCUAAACAAAGAUUUCACAGAUAUUGUACCAAGCGAACAUCCCGAAGUAGAAUAUAUUUUAGUUGACCCUUCUUGCUCAGGAUCUGGAAUGUACAACCGUGUGGAAAUGCAACAUGGUCCUGGAGCAAAACGGAAUAAAGAUCGCUUAAAAGGCCUCGCUUUUUAUCAGAGGAAAUUACUUGUGCAUGCAAUGAAGUUUCCAAAGGUAAAGCGGAUCGUAUAUUCCACUUGUUCAAUCAAUUCUAGUGAAAAUGAGGACGUGGUGGCAGCAGCCCUGGAAUGGGGGGACGGUUAUGCAAUCGCAAAUCCCGAAGGUCAAGAAGCAGCACAAGACACUAUACAAGACACUUCGCAUUUCAAUUUCAGAGUGAAAGAAGCAUUAUCAGGCUGGACUCAUCGUGUCGAAAAUUCUAAUUACGAGUGGUCUAGUUUUUGUGUUAAAUCAAAUUUUGAAACUAAUUUUACAGAUGGAUUUUUUGUUUGUUGUCUUGAAAGAGUAAAAAACAAAUGACAGUAGUUCUUUGUACAUAUAUGCAGAAAAAUAAAUAUAGUUUUAAAUUUUUGCCAAAUGAA